AUGAAGCAACAAGUCGAACGGGUGACAAGCGAGAAAAAAGGAGAUGUUUUAAAUCCCCAAAAUGUUAUGGAAGAAAUACAUAAAUUGAAAGACCAGGAGAAAAAACUGAAAUCAGAAAUAUUAAAAGACGAAAUUAUGUUAAAAGAUAUGAAGGAAAAGGUUACCGUUAAAGGAAAAAAUAACAUGGGAAGUGAUAAAGAUCGAAUGAAAUUAAGCGAACGUGAGAAAAAGCAUAAAUUGAGUCUUACUAAAAAUAAAAAAAAAUUAAAGGAAAUUGAGGAAGCGAUAGAACUCAAGAAAAAUUUGUUAAAUGGAAGUAAAAAUGCACAUAAAGACGUUCGGGGAAAUGAAAAAUUGAUAAAACAGAAAAUGGCAGAUAAAACAGUUAGUGGUACCAAACAUGAGAAUGAUAAAAUAUUUGUGAGCACAUUUCAGGAGAGAGAAACUUCGACACGUAAUCCUUUCAAAAAGGCAGAUAUUUAUAUUGAAAAAAAAUUCUUCAGUAUAUUGAAAUACGUGGAUGAUUGUAUUGAUGAUAAAUCUAUUGAUGAUAAGACUUUACUAAAAAUAAGAUUUAAGAAUGAGGGGUUAAUAUUUGUAGUGCCCAUCGCAUUGUUUGUUAUUUCACUUUUGUUUCUUAUAGAUAAGGAAACCUUAGUUUCUUUCUUUAUGGUUCUUGCUGCCAUAAACGCUAUAUUAUGUAUAUACAUUAUAAUUAAAGUUUUAAAAUAUAAAGCGUUGCUUAGAAAGAAGGGAAAGGUUACCUUCAAGGAUUAUGUGGACGCUUUUAAAAGUUAUUUUGAGUAA